AUGCUACCCCCAGGCUGGAAUAGCAUUCAAUUCGGCUUUACUAACAAAUUACUAGGAGACGCGAAUCGCGCGGCAUACGCUUGGGAUGGCCGGAGACCGGCUUCCAAAGUGCAUGUGAGCGUGCUGGAUUAUCAUGAAGCUUACAAGUCUGGACGUAUCACACCUACUGCGGUUGCCAAAGCGUUAUUGCCGCUGAUUGAUCGAGACGCGAAGGGGGCAGAUGAGAGAUAUUCGAAGGCUUUCUUGCAGGUCAGGCAGGAUCUUGCUUUGAAAGCUGCAGAAGAAAGUACGCAACGGUACAAGGAUGGCAAAUUCAGAAGUGUGCUUGACGGCGUGCCAGUCGCCGUGAAAGACGAGGUUGAUCUUGCUGGCUAUCGAAAAUGCUACGCUUCCAAGAUCGACUUCACUCGGAAAGACGAUGCGACUACGUAUUGUGUACAGCGUUGGCUAGAUGCUGGAGCCGUUGUGAUCGGCAAGACGACUAUGCAGGAACUCGGGUCGGAUAUCACUGGUAACAAUCCUGUAAGUCCGACUCGACAGUUCCAUCUCCUUGCUCGCAGGAACUAUUCCUCGGCUGGGGAGACGGAGACAGAAGAUCCGCAAAGCCACUCUAACGACUACUAUUGCGGCGGAUCUUCAACCGGAAGCGCAUACGCCGUGGCUGCAGGUCUGACACCACUAUGCGAAGGCAACGAUGGCGGAGGAUCCAUCCGCAUCCCAGCGACGUAUUGCGGCGUAUACGGGCUCAAGCCAUCGCAUGGAAGAGUAUCCAAGCGUCCAUCCACCGAUCUAGCGCGCAGCACCGGAGUGGCCGGACCUAUCGCAGCAAAUAUGAUCGACCUAGAGAUCGGCUACCGAAUCAUGGCACAGCCUGAUUCCCUCGAUCCCGACUCAUCACUCUUCAAACCACCAGGCAGUAGUAGCAGCCUCACCACGACUCAAAAAACCAAGGUCCUAGGCAUCUACGGCCCCUGGUUCGACCGAGCAGACACCCUCGUAAAAUCCUCCUGCCAAAAAGCCAUCGACUGGCUCGUCUCCACCCAAAACUACCAACUCAUCGACAUCACCCUCCCCCUCCUCCCCGAAGGACAACUCGCCCACGCCAUGACCAUCCUCUCAGAACUAAGCCUAGGAAUCCCCCAAACCUCCACCUACCUCCUCACCCCAGCCAACAAAGUCGUAAUCCCCGUCGCCCGAAAAACCACAGCCAUAGAUUUCCUCCAAGCUCAACGCCUCCGCAACCUCAUCAUGCAACACCUCUCUCACCUUUUCUCCACACACCCAGGCCUCAUCAUCGUGUCCCCGACAACAGCGGAGGCGGGGUGGAAAAUCGAAAAGGCAGAUUUGAGCCAUGGACUCACGAAUGCGAAUAAACAGCUUCGGAAUAUGGAGUAUGUAUGGUUAGCGAAUUUUUCUUGGAUGUCCCGCGAUUUCGAGAAAGGUAAGGUGCCGAUUGGCUUGAUGGGGAUGGGAGAAUGCAAGUUGAAGGUGGGAGGUUUAAGCCGGGGAUUCAUCGUGAGAAUUAAUUUCAAUGAUGGUGUGAUUGACUUUUUUUUGUUGUUGAAUGUGAUGAUGAACUGGUCCCUUGAACUCUCUCUCUCUGAAGUGGUAACCUUAGGACUUUUGUGCUGUGAUGAGCGAGCAAAGCCUAUGCGUGAGAUGAAACACGGUUUACACAGUCCAGCAAAACCAUGCCAGCACAUACCUGAAAUAGCAGUGGCUUCGGCACUUGGAUACUUGGACGAGGCUUACGAAAUCGGAAAUGGAAGAAGAAGGUCCGAGCCAGCCAAACAACGAUUUCCCCCCCCCCCCCUCUCUCUCUAUGAUUUUUACCAGACGUGGUUAGAAGAAGGCAAAAAAGUAAAAUCUGCUUGCAUGCUGCCUCGCUCGCCGCUGCUCCACCACCAUGUCGGGCGAAACUCAACCCGGAGAAACAUCAGAAACAGACCCUUUCUCGCGCAACUGGAACUCCCUGCGCUAAAACGAACACGCAAACCACGAUUCCCCCGUACUCAAGAACUCCGUUUCCCAUGCCUUUCUCGCUCAUCCAUGCUUGCCGCCGCUGAACUCCUCUCAAAAUGCAUUAAUUUGCCUGCCUUCAUGAUUGAUGAGAGCAGGACGACUUAGAUGAAUGUCGUCGCAGCUUAAUUCUUGGUGUUGUUAGUCGCUUGUCGUUUGGGUGAUUAUGAUGAUGAUGAUGAUGAUGAUGAUGAAUUGGUGAGUGUGAAAUGUGGAUCAUGCUGCAGCCCGAGAUGCCUGGGUUGCCACGACAGCGGUGUUCUCCGGUGCACUGUAUGCGUGUGAUCCACGUCGACUCGCCAAGAGACGUGUCAGGUCGGAGUUGCCGCGCUCUGCCUGAUCCUUCAGGUACUGCUCGAUUUCCGCAGGCAGCGUC